AUGUGAGUCGCUCAUGAGCAUCAAAGAAGAUUUAUUAUCCUCGGCCUGAAAUUUUAUUUAGAAAAGAAGCACAAAGUAGUUCCCUUCCAGACCAAACAUCCAUGGUCAUAGAUUUUGGGUGUUCUGGAAGAAGAUUGCAUGUGUUCCCCCUCCUCCAUGCUCGUGGCUUGACCCAGAGGGCAAGAAGAAAUAAUGGUGAUGACACCCGAUAGGACUGGGGUGCUCAUGCCCUUCCAUUGCUAAACCCCAGCUACUGCCCCUUAGUUUCCUUUUGCUGUGGUCCUGAGUUUUUUGUUGGGGAUUUUUUUCCCCGUCCUGAUGAGGGCACCACUGCAGACCAUGCUGUGCCUGGGGUUGUGGGCAGCUGCUCUGCUCUGCUUGUUUUCCCCUGGCACUGUACGAGGUGACUGCUGGCUGAUUGAGGGGGACAAAGGUUACGUGUGGCUGGCUAUCUGCAGCCAGAACCAGCCUCCAUAUGAGACAAUCCCCCAACAUAUCAACAGUACGGUGCACGACUUGCGUCUGAACGAGAAUAAGCUCAAAGUGGUGCUGUACUCCUCCCUCAACCGCUUCGGCAACCUGACUGAUUUGAACCUGACCAAGAAUGAGAUCUCCUACAUUGAGGAUGGGGCUUUCAUGGGCCAGUCAAACCUCCAGGUUUUACAGCUGGGCUACAACAAACUCACUAACCUGACAGAGGGCAUGUUGCGGGGCAUGGCCCGUCUCCAGUUCCUCUUCGUGCAGCACAACCUAAUUGAGCUGGUCACCCCUACUGCCUUCAAUGAAUGCCCCAGCUUGAUUAGCAUUGACCUGUCAUCUAACCGUCUCAGCCGUCUGGAGGGGAACACUUUCACCAGCUUGAGCAAUCUGAUGGUGUGUGAGCUGGCUGGCAACCCCUUCAACUGUGACUGUAGCCUCUACAGCUUUCUUAACUGGCUGGCUCUCUUCAAUAACGUCACCAAGAACUAUGACCGCCUCCAGUGUGAGACUCCACGGGAGUUUGCUGGGUAUCCGCUCCUGGUACCCCGUCCUCACCACAACCGCAAUGCCAUCACCAUCUUCCAGUCCAUGUGCAGAGGUGGCACCAUUCCCUCCCUCUCCAGGGUCAACCCCACUCCUUAUACCCCUGACUCCCAGCGAGAUCUGGAUGAGGGCUCAGCCAUCAGCCCUGGGGACUUCCUCUCCGUCAAGCCUCCAGCCUCCUCCACCACUGACUCCUCAUUCAGUCCCAGCAUCAAGCUACAUGACGUCACCAUCACUUCAGCCAUUCUGAUGGUAACCAUCCCCAUGCCCUACAGUAAGAUGUAUGUGCUGGUCCAAUACAACAACAGCUACGUUUCUGACAUAGCAACACUGAAGAGCAAGAAGGAAUAUGUCACUGUCAACAAGCUGAAGGCCCACACUGAUUAUACAUUCUGUGUGGCCUCUAUCCGCAACAACAGGCGUUACAACCAUACUUGUCUGACCUUUGCAACCCGAAGCAAAGGCAGGGAGGACCCUAUUUCCAGUACUUCCACCACCACACACUAUAUCAUGACCACCCUGGGUUGCCUCUUUGGGAUGGUCAUUGUCCUGGGGGUGGUGUACUACUGCCUGCGAAAGCGGAGGAUGCAGGAGGAGAAACAGAAGUCCCUCAAUGUCAAAAAGACCAUUCUGGAAAUGCGUUAUGGAUCAGAUAUUGAUACCAGUACCAUGGUCCAUCCUUCCCAGAAGCUGGGUGAGCCGCCUGUCAUUCCUGUCUCACGGAUGUCCUCCAUCCCUUCCAUGAUUGGGGAGAAGUUGCCCCCAUCAAAGUCAAUAGAAACUGGGAUGGAGACUCCUAAAGUCACUACUAAAGGUAACUACAUUGAGGUGCGGACUGGUGGUGGGGAUGGGCUGGAGAGAGCCCAGCGGGAUGAGGACCUGAGGGAGCUUGACAAUGGGCAAGGCUCAGCUGCUGAGAUCUCUACUAUAGCCAAGGAGGUAGACAAGGUCAACCAGAUCAUCAACAACUGUAUUGAUGCCCUCAAGCUGGACACAGCGACCUUUCUGGGUGGCGGGACUGGUGUUGACUCAGACAUGGCCUUUGAAUGCCAGUCCAUCCCAGCUGGUUCCUCAAGUGGGCUAGAGCGGCCCAGCUUUCUUUCCCCACCCUACAAGGAAAGCUCCCACCACCCCUUGCAGCGCCAGCUUAGUGCUGAUGCUGCUGUGGCCAGAAAGACCUGCAGUGUCUCCUCUAGUGGUUCCAUCAAGAGCGCCAAGGUCUUCAGCUUGGAUGUGCCUGACCACCCACCACUCAGCAAGUCUGACUCCAAAUACAUUGAGAAGGGCAGCCCACUUAACAGCCCUUUGGAUCGUCUUCCCUUGGUGUCUCCGAGCGCCAUCCACCACUUGGAGGUCAAGCCUUCUUACCACUGUAGUGAGCACCGUCACUCCUUCCCGGCCCUGUACUAUGAGGAAAGUGCUGACACCCUGAGCCAGCGGGUGUCAUUCCUCAAGCCACUCUCCCGGUCCAAGCGAGACUCAACAUACUCCCAGCUCUCCCCCAGACACUACUUCUCAGGCUACUCCUCCAGCCCUGAGUAUUCAUCAGAGAGCACCCACAAGAUCUGGGAACGAUUCCGGCCUUACAAGAAGCAUCACAGGGAGGAGGUUUACAUGGCAGCUGGGCAUGCCCUGCGGAAGAAAGUUCAAUUUGCCAAGGACGAGGAUCUGCAUGACAUCCUGGAUUACUGGAAAGGAGUCUCUGCUCAGCAGAAGCUGUGACUCUUCCUCACAAGGAAACAAUACAAACCAAGACCCCCCUCCAAGAACCAGAAAAAUAAGCCACUUGACUGUGAAAAAUAAACCAACAGCAAAAUACUCCUGACAAAUACAAAACUGACAAAAUCUUUUCUUAAAGUUUACAACAACAACAGAAAACUCUCUCACACACAGACACACACACACACACACGCCGAAUUGUCUCUACUGUGUUACGGGGACCAUUGUUCUGCCUGCAGAUGGUUGGGAGGAGCGUCCUGCUCUAACACUGUGGUAACAAUAUUGGAGUGUGAGUGGGUGGGAAUGGCCUGGGAGUGGGUGGUGGUGGUGGCAGGGGAAGGGCAGGAAUGGACACUCACUGGGCACGAAACUCAGCUGUGAACUAUUCCUCUUUCUGUUCCUGUUGUGGGCUGAUUUUUGCUUUUGGGUAGGAGGGCAGGACUUUGGUUUAGAAAGCUUCCCUGUCUACCUGAUACGCCUGCUAUUCCAAAUCUUCCAUCACUAACUUUUCCCUCAUUUUCUUCGGCAGUGGAGGCUUUUCUCUCUCUCCCAUCCCCUUCCAAGACAGGUGGAAUUUGUUGGAAGAUGUUCUCUCACUCUUUUUCCUUUGACCUUUCCUACCCCUCUCUAUUAAGGCUCCCUAGGCUUGCACUUUCUGUCUAGGUACUUCAUGAACCUCCAUCCUCCUCAGAGGAAGGAGAGGACAUGUGAAGGAACAAGGGAGGUAGGACCUGCCAUAUGAUAGGCUCUGUGCCCUUGCCGUUCCUCCUCCUUCCCUUCUCAUGCCAUGUUGCUGCUGUUGAACACCAGCAAUUCUGGAGUGACAGGCAUUCUCCAGGCCUGCUCAGAGCCAGUUUUCUGCUAGUUGGUGGGGGGGAAAGGGUUAUGAAUGUUCUCUUCAUUAUGGCAAGCCAGCUCCUCAAGGAGUGGUGGAGGAAAAUGUAGGAAGGUCUGGUCUCUCAGAGAUAUAAAGGGUUCCCAUCUCUCCAUGAAUGUCACAGGUCAGAGAUGCUCCCCACCAUACACACCUAUGCUCAGGCUGCCCUUGUGCAGUAAGUUUAAUACUCUCUGUUCAUGUCCCCCUUACUAUGAGGAAGGGACCUGGAGAGGAGCUCAGCAGAACAAGUUCUACAUGAAGUUUCUGCAGCUCUUCCCAACUGACUUGCACCAUGGGCUCUGGGGUGGGUGGGUAGGUGUACAUGAGAAGAGCAUCACCCAACCUCCUCACUUCCUCGUGGAUGUGAAGAAUAGGAUUUCAGUUGCUCACCUCACUGGGUUGGCCUCACAGAAAGUCUUCCUCUUAGGCCAUGGACAUCCUGGUAUGGAUAGGAGACAGCCUAGGGUGAAGACAGGGGCACAGGAAACAAAUGGGAUGUGACAAUAAGGCCUGGGUGUAGCCCCAGAAAGAUGGCCCUGGUAGAAGCUCCCUGUGUGUUCAGCCACACUUUGUGUGCCAGGAUAGAAGAGGACACCAGCCUCUGGUAGAUGGCAGUGUUGCUUUGACUGCUUAGAGGCCCUCAUGAGAGUCAGAGCAACAUACCGCUUCCUAACUUCUCCACUUCCUCACAGUUAGGUGUUACGAACUUUUCUUAGGGAUCGUUUCGCAUCUUGGCAAAACCCCAGUUUCACUUGUUAGGUCCCAGCCUCUGUCCCUUGGAUAGAAGAUCUGCUACAGAGUUGGAAAUGAGCAUACUGCCCUCUCUACCUAGUCCCAUUUCUAAGCAGCCCAAGAAAGCACAAUCUUGGCACCAUCUCCCCCAAAGUUUUGUUGUCAGGCAGGGGUGCUGCCUGUUAAGCAUGUCUUUAUGCAGCACAGCGGGCCUCCUCUCCAUGAUCUGCCCUACACCUGACAGUUGUUCACCUCUAUCCAGAUAAGGAUGAGGGCCUCUCCUUUGUUGGCCCUCCCUAAGUGGUUAUUUCCUCUUUGAGGUGCUCCUCAGAAGCCCCAGUGUUUUUGGGGGCCUGGGAGAAGAAUGAGGGUGUAGGAGCUUCUCUGGGAGGGAUUUACAUGCUGUGUACAGAGAACUUACCUGUUAUCUGUCAGGUAGUAGCACUGCCAGCUGUGACAGCUGGUUUCUAUGCCACUGGUGAUAUCAUUUUGCCUUCUGUAAAUGAGGAACAGCAGUAGGCAGAGACUCCUUUUCAGUAAUACAGGAUGUCAUGCAGAUCCUGAUACGGAAAACCAGAGGGGGUAUCCCAAAAGUCAAAACAUGUGAAGAUCUGUGGUGUUUCUUCUUUGUAGGGAUGCUGAUGGUAACAAUCCUAAGCCAGGUCCUGAUCCCAUUGCCUCAGACUCCUUCACUGUCAGCCUGCUUCCCCACAGUAAAAGCAUCAUUUUGCCUUGAGUCCAGAGGUGUCCAUGGUACUGACUCCACACAGUAAGAGCCAGUCCAACCCAGAGGAAAGGGUGUGAGUGCACACAUAUGUGUGUCUGUGUGCGUGUGCAGAAGGAUGAAGGGAAGUCACAAAUGGAAGUCACGUCACUGCUACCAGGUGUCCCUCCAUGUUGGGAUCAUGCAGCAAAUCAAGACAGGUAAAUGCUGUGAGAGAUGCUUAGGCACAGCAGAACCUCUCCAUCUACCACUUGGAGCAAGCCCAGUGGUCUUCCAGCAUGGUAACCAUCCAAGCAGAAAAGACUAUUGGUUAGGGCACAGAACUGGACAGGAAAAGGAGGAUGGCAGGCAAGGGGGGAUGGAGUCUUGUUCC